AUGGCUACCACUACAACUACGACAGCCGCCAUGGAUAUCCUCAAUGAAAGCACGCAGCCUUUCCCAUUGCACAUCCAGAAAGAAACCCCCUACGCCUCUAGCAUGCCAUCCCUUGCCCCGGUCGAUUAUCGUGCCCUUCCCGAGUCGGACCAGGCUUUUGGGGGCAAUGGUGCCGGCGAGAUGGUCGUGGAGCAGGAGCAGGAUCUGGAGCUGUCGCCGCCGCAGAAUGAGCUCGCCAAUACGAACUUGCCGCGCAGUACUACUGCUCCCAUCCACGCCCCCUUCCAAUACAUCUCCUCCCUCCCAUCCAAAGGCGUGCGCGACCAGGUCGUCGCCGCGCUGAACGUCUGGGUCGGCGCUUCGCUCGACGUGCUCCCCCAGAUUGUGUCUAUCGUUGGCGAUAUCCAUAAUAUCUCGUUGAUGCUCGACGACGUCGAAGACGCCUCCCCUCUCCGCCGCUCCCGACCCUCCACACACACCGUCUUCGGCAUCCCGCAGACCGUCAACUCCGCUACAUACCAGCUCGUCGAUGUGAUCGCCCGGGUCGCUGAGAUCGGGGGAUCGGAGUGUCAGACUAUCUGUACUGAGGAAAUGAAAAAUAUGCUCGUGGGCCAGAGUCUCGAUCUCCACUGGGUGCAGCAUGUUUCGCCGCCGAGUGUGCCGGAGUAUUUGCAGAUGAUUGAUGGGAAAACCGGCGCCCUCUUCCGCAUGAUCUCGCGCCUGAUGAUCGCCCAAUCCACGCACCCCACCAAGCCCUCAGACCUGAAUAACCUGAUGAUGCUCUUUGGGCGGUUCUUUCAGAUUAGGGAUGACUACGCGAAUUUGGUUGUUGAUCAGUACCAAGAAAGCAAAGGCUUCUGCGAAGACCUCGACGAAGGCAAAUGGAGCUUCAUCCUACUGCACGCGCUCGAACACGCCACGCCCAGCAACCGCGCGCUGCUGCGCAACCUGCUGAUGCAGCGGCACGCGACCGGCGCGGCGGGCCGCGGCCACAAGCAGCUGUUCCUGGGCGUGCUGGAGGAGUCGGGCAGUCUGGCGUUCACGGCCGACGCGCUGGUGAGUCUGUGGGGGGAGAUCGAGGGGGAGAUUUGUCGCGUGGAGCGGGAGACCGGGACGGAGAAUCGCUUGGCCAGGGAGAUGUUGGAGAGGUUGAGGAUUCAGCGGUAG